CUUGUGACCGACCCCGGCCCGAGCUCGCGGGGACCACGGGGCCCGGCUGUGUGACCUUGGCCCGUCACCGCCCCUCUCUGCCUCGCUUUUGAUCCUCCUUCCAGCUGGUCGCCUCAAGAGUGCCGAAAGCGCGUCCUUUUCGCCGCCGGGUGGCCGCCUGGACUUCUUCCGGGCUCCAGCUGGAGACUCGGUUCUGUGACCUUGGAUAGGUGCCUUCUCCCUGCCCCUCAGUUUCCUCCCCUGGAGCACGGAUGAGUAAAGAGCCUUUGCGAUCUUAAGGAGAGGGAGUUGUGCUUGUUAAUACUCCAGGACUUCUGUUCUUGUCAUGCCCUCCCCUCCACCGCUAUUCUUCACGGCUUCUGGCGGUUAAGGAAGAAGGGCAGGAUCCUGAUGAAAUUGGUGUCGCGUUGGAAGCCACAAGCAAGAGGACAACAAAGAGAUGUAUUAAAGGACAAAAGAUGGAGGAAGAAGGUACAGAAGACAAUGGCCUGGAAGAAGAUUCCAGAGAUGGGCAGGAGGAUAUGGAUGCAGGUUUAGAGAGCUUGCAGAACCUUGACAUGAUGGAUGUGGGUGUGUUGGAAGAAAGCGAAGUUGAGAAUAGCAGUGCUCCCGACUUUGGGGAGGACGGCGCUGACAGCAUUCUCGGUUCCCUUUGUGAUAGCAAAGAAUACGUGGCGGCCCAACUGCAAGAGCUCCCGGCGCAGCUCACAGAGCAUGCUAGCAUGGACUUGGCUUCUUACCUUUUGGUUAAUCCAAGCAUCCCGGUCAUAAGCUUCAAACCUGGGAAAGGAAAAAAAAAUACAUUUGAGAAGGCAUGUUUUUGUAUUUCACUCAAGAAGGUGGAUGGGGAGGGCUUCGAGAACACUUUGGAUGCUUCAUCAUUGGACUUCAAAGUACCUCCGGAUAUUGAAGAACCUCUAUUGGAGCCAGAAAAUGAGAAAAUACUCGACAUUUUGGGGGAAACUUGUAAAUCUGAGCCAGUAAAAGAAGAAGGUUCCGAGCUGGAGCAGCCCUUUGCACAGGAUACAAGUAGCGUGGGGCCAGACAGAAAGCUUGCGGAGGAAGAGGACCUUUUUGGCAGCGCCCAUCCGGAGGAGGGUGAUUUAGAUUUGGCCAGCGAGUCAACAGCACAAGCUCAGUCGAGCAGGGCAGACACCCUGUUAGCGGUAGUGAAAAGGGAGCCCGUGGAGCAGCCAGGCGAUGGCGCGCGGACGGACUGUGAGCCUGUAGGGCUAGAGAAGCCAGUUGAGCAGAGUAGUAAAGCCUCAGAGCACACGGAAGCCUCUAGCGAGGAGGCCGCGGAAGCGCCCCCGGAAGCCUCAAGCCCAGGCCCCAGAGAUAGCAAAGAAGACGUGAAGAAGUUUGCUUUUGAAGCUUGUAAUGAAGUCCCUCCGGCUCCUAAAGAGUCCUCAGCCAGUGAGGGCGCUGAUCAGAAAAUGAGCUCUUUUAAGGAAGAAAAAGAUAUAAAGCCAAUCAUUAAAGAUGAAAAAGCAGGUCGCACCAGCAGCAGCUCUGGCCGGAACCUGUGGGUCAGUGGACUGUCCUCCACAACUCGAGCGACGGAUCUGAAGAACCUUUUCAACAAGUAUGGGAAGGUUGUUGGGGCCAAAGUGGUGACCAACGCCCGCAGUCCCGGAGCUCGGUGCUAUGGAUUUGUUACCAUGUCGACAUCUGAUGAAGCUACAAAGUGCAUCAGCCAUCUCCACAGAACUGAGCUGCAUGGAAGAAUGAUCUCCGUAGAGAAGGCCAAAAACGAACCUGCUGGGAAAAAGCUGUCUGACAGGAAAGAAUGUGAAGUGAAGAAAGAAAAAUUAUCUAGUGUUGACAGACAUCAUCCUGUGGAGAUCAAAAUUGAAAAAACUGCGAUUAAGAAGGAGGAGAAGAUGGAGAAAAAGGAGGAAAAAAAGCCUGAAGACAUUAAGAAGGAAGAAAAAGACGAGGAUGAGCCGAAACCAGGACCUACAAAUCGGUCCCGAGUCACCAAAUCAGGAAGCAGAGGAAUGGAACGGACGGUCGUGAUGGAUAAAUCGAAAGGAGAGCCUGUCAUUAGCGUGAAAACCACAAGCAGGUCAAAAGAGAGAAGCUCCAAGAGUCAGGAUCGCAAAUCAGAAAGCAAAGAGAAGAGAGACAUCUUGUCGUUUGAUAAAAUCAAAGAGCAAAGGGAGCGCGAGCGCCAGAGGCAGCGGGAACGGGAGAUCCGAGAGACGGAGAGGCGGCGAGAGCGCGAGCAGCGCGAGCGGGAGCAGCGCCUGGAGGCCUUCCACGAGCGCAAGGAGAAGGCGCGCCUGCAGCGGGAGCGCCUGCAGCUCGAGUGCCAGCGGCAGCGGCUGGAGCGCGAGCGCAUGGAGCGCGAGCGGCUGGAGCGCGAGCGCAUGCGCGUGGAGCGCGAGCGCCGCAAGGAGCAGGAGCGCAUCCACCGCGAGCGGGAGGAGCUGCGGCGCCAGCAGGAGCAGCUGCGCUACGAGCAGGAGCGGCGGCCGGUGCUGCGGAGGCCCUACGACGAUGGGCGGCGAGAUGAUGCUUAUUGGCCAGAAGGCAAGCGUGUGGCCAUGGAGGACAGGUACCGCCCAGACUUCCCUCGGCCUGAUCACCGCUUCCAUGACUUUGACCAUCGAGACCGGGGCCAAUACCAGGACCAUGUGGCUGACAGGAUCCGGUUUCACUCCCACCCUCAGGGAGAAGGCUUUAGAUGCAAGCCAGCUUUUUUGCACAGGAGGGAAGGUUCAAGGUCAGUGAUGGGAGAACGAGAUGGGCAACACUACUCAGACGACCGCCAUGGCCAUGGAGGACCACCAGAGCGCCACAGCCGGGACUCCCGGGACGGCUGGGGGGGCUACAGCUCUGACAAGAGGAUGAGUGAGGGUCGGGGGCCACUGCCUCCACCCAGGGCUGGACGUGACUGGGCGGAGCACAGUCAGAGGCUAGAAGAGCAUCCGGAGCGUGCGUGGCCAGGCUCGGUGGACACAGGCACGGCGGGCCGGGAGCAUGCGCGGUGGCAAGGUGGUGAGAGGGGCCUAUCUGGGCCCUCGGGGCCAGGACACCUGGCAAAUCGGGGCGGGAUGUCGGGGCGAGGCGGCUUUGCACAAGGCGGGCAUUCCCAGGGUCACAUGGUGCCCGGUGGCGGACUGGAAGGUGGAGGACUGGCCAGCCAGGACCGGGGCAGCAGAGUCCCGCACCCCCACCCCCACCCGUACCCCCACUUCACCCGUCGCUACUAAACCCCACUCACCCCGAGUGUCCAGGUAGGCAGAUGCACUGUUGAAUAAGCUCAGCCGGAAUUACCUUGAACUUGUGGAACCUUUUCAGAAACAAAAGCAAAUCCUGCCACCAUGUUGUAGCUCAAAACAAUGUGAAUUCACUUUUUUUUUUUAAAUAAACGUGUUCUUCUCUGCCAUUUUUAAGACAACAUUUCUGUUAACGAGGCAUUCCAUUUUCCAUUAAUAAAAGUUUAUGGUUCUCA